AUCGCGAUAAAAUGUCCGUAGUCCACCCGCUCCUCAGAGCAUAGUUUCCCCGCCAGUCGUGAACCAACAGAAGAGAAAUGUGCUCCUCCUCCGUGGAUCCUAUAAAGGGUUUUCCUGAACGUACCGAAGAUAGUUGAGUUCUGAAGGCGAGCAUGUUUGUUCCACUCUUUGAGUACUGAGAGGGAGAAAUUGUCGAGGGGAUCAACACCUGCGGGAGCGAGCGAGCCCGCUUUGACAGGCAGCCUGCGUGUGGGAAUGGCAGCUCCGCGGCCGAUAAAAGGCAUCCUGAAAAACAAGAAUGACACCGGCAGCGUUCAUUCUACGCCUGGCGAAUUUCUGGGAGAUAAACCGGAACAAACUCCCGGACUUUCAGAUGAAGACCAGCAAAAGAAAUCCCAGAAGUGGGAUGAGAUGAAUAUCCUGGCCACAUACCAUCCAGCAGACAAAGAUUACGGCCUGAUGAAGAUAGAUGAGCCCAGCACACCUUAUAACAGGAUGGUUGGGGAUGACGAGGAUGAGGGGGCCUUGAGCGACUCGGAAGGUCGGACUGCACUCCAAGUGGAUGACCUGACGUCAAAGUUGAAAGCAGCAGAAGGCUCAGAAUCUCGAUUUAUGAAAGAGGAGGAAGAAGAGGAGGAAGUGGAAAGUAGUGAAGAAGAAGAGGAGCUGUCCCCCGAGGAACAAGCAAAAAAGAAACAUUUUCAAAUGAUGCGGAAGAAGCACUACAAUGAGGGCCUCAAUAUCAAGCUGGCUCGACAACUUAUCGCCAGUGAGCUCGAGGAGGACGAAGACGAGGAGAUGAGGGAUGAAACCGAGGAGGCAGAGGAAAUCAGUGUCGACCCGCCGCAGGAAGCUCAUUCUCUGGACUCGUAGAUGAGGUGUCUCUCCCCGCUUCAGUGUGUGUCGGCUUGCCACGCUGACAAUCGACAUCACUGCGUCGCCUUUUCAAUAAGCAGACACUGCUGCACCCAUUUAACUCCCCUAAACAGCCAGUAACCUUCAAUUCACCUCUUUCCACUAUUCCAAAAAGUGAAAUAGAACCCUCAAACCUCAUAAAAAAUGUCCUAACCUGAAGUCAUUUAGGUCCCAACUCCCUGCUUCCCUCCUCACUGAACUGGCACGCACUAAAUAUAAUACGAAUGUGAAAGGAAUUGAAGGGCUUUGAGGACAAAAAGCUGGGACUUCCCUCGCUACAGGCCUAAGCGCUAGAAGGUCAAGCAAGGGGAAACCCCAUCAGAUGACUGUGCAUUGUACCAGCUGCAGUGCAGAUGGACUUUCAGUCUGUGACUCACUGCUCUGGUUUGUUUUGAUAUUGUUGACAGUUUUAAUUUGACGCGCCCAUAUUUGCUAGACGUGGAUGCUGCAGUGUCAAACAGUAAGUCGAAAACUGUUUUUCUUAAAGCAAAUCAACCAACAGAUUUUAUUUGAUAUUUUUGCUCUUUACAAAGCACCAGCCAGACCUCACUUAUAAUUUUGAGAACAAUAUAUCUCUAUCCUCUUGAGUGAAUACAUUUUCUACACGCUGAAAGAUAUAAGGGGUUUUCUUUAAAAGAGCAAUUUUCCAUGAUUUUUUUUUCUCUCUCUUUUCUUUCUCCCCCCCUGCCCCCUGCACCUCAAGCUGAUGAGUGUAAAAGCCAGGACUGACUCAAUUCCAGCUCCCUGUUGUUCGUGGGUGGAGUAAUAAUGUUAUCUAACAUCCAAGGACGGAGCAGUAUAAUAAUAUGAAGUACAAAAUGGUGGACUAGCACAUGUCCAUAGGAUGGUGAAAUUUUUCUUUCACAAGGCUCCUCUGUCAGCUUGAAUACAAUGUUUACUGCACAUUUGUAAUUUGGACUUUCUAUCAUCAUUUCAUCAUAAAGAAUUUAACAGUUGAUUCUCAUGAAGAACAUACAAUUAAAAGGCCUACUUGAUUUUGUGCUUUCCUAAUAAUGUCCAACCAAGAGAAAAUAAUGCUACGGAUGAAUAAAUGAAUAUGUUGGCUUUAUUAUGUGUUCCUAAUAUGUGAAAUUAUCAUUUUGAUUAUCAAGGGAAAGGUGGAAAGUUAAGUGUAUAGGAGCCCUGACCUUGUCUUGUGCUGUAUCCUUAAUUUCUUUUUGUUUGAACCAUUAAAUUCUCGUUGUGACUGGU